AUGGCUGACCAACAGGAGGAUGGGCGUACCAUCACCAAAGAGGGAAACAAGGCAACCCUCCCUACAUCCUCCAACAUAUCCCACCUCCCCUUUCCCAGCGAAAUCAUAUCCCUCAUAUACGACUUCUACGUCGACUCCCCACUCCUCGGCACCCGAGACUUUACCACACCGCCUCGGAAGAACGCAGGGAGCUUCUUCUUGCCUUGGAUCGAGUGGUAUGACGAUGUGUUCCAAGCUUAUGAAGACGAUGAAGACGAACCACCGUCCUCCGACGCCGACGUUGUCUUAUCCCCUAUUCAACAUUAUCUGCCAAGCUCCCUCGGCGUCGUCUGGUCCCUGAUGUUUGUCGACGCCACAGCUCUUCUAGUCAGUCUUGACUUUUACAAACACAUCAGACUGUCAAGGGGCAGGAUCGAAGGGCCUGGUACCCCUUACGGCUCCUUUAUAGGUCCGAACAGUCUCACUUUCGGCAAGUCGGCCCUGCGUUUCAAACCUGGAGAUCGUGAGGUCUGGUCCCUAUUCCGAAGGAGCAAUUCUCACCUGCUGUUCCACACAUACAUGGUAUGUCUCCACCUCCCUGCUGAAGGCGUUCACAGCGUCGUCGCCCAAUCUCUCAAGCGCUUUCUUGAUAUUUGCGGUGAUCAAUUCGAAUUCCGGCUCAAUGUGCAUAACUGCACGAGUCCCACAGAUAUCUUGUGGCAUCCUCGGGGUGGUCACAAUUCAUCUGUGACUACGUUCUACAUGCGAAAGUGGGUCGCUCCAGGGGAAGGACAAUGCGAUGAGGACGAGCGAGGAAAAAGGUUUGAAACAUUUAGGGCGUGCCAGCACGAUGAUUUCAUCGACUACUGUUCUGGAGAAUUCGGACGUAUUGACGACGAAGGUGAAGAGGAGGAAUGGCCACAGAUUGUGGUCUGGAACUCUAUCCUCGACAAGUUCACUCUCACAUUCGACAUUGCUGCAAGGAAUGACUGGGAUUUUGAAUGCUUAGGAGAAAUCGCCGAACAUCUGCGUACCCGGGGCAAGGGCAAGGGCAAGGGCAAGGGCAAGGAGAAUAUUGCAGAAGGUGCCUGUGCAUGCGGGGCCAUUGUCUCGUUGAUCGUUGAUGAUAGUGGUGAUAAUGAGAGUUAA